UCUUGUUUAUCAGAGCAUCGACCUCGACCUGGCGCGUGUGUGAAGGCGGAAUGCGCUUUUAUUUUCCAGGCAAUACGUCGUAAUUAAUAUAAAACGGCAGCAAAAUUUCGCCAACACGAUCUACGCGCGUUUGGCACCUUGGUGAAUCCAGCUAUGCGAAGGAAAGAAUUGGGGCUCAUUAGGGCAAUUAGGACUAACGUGCCUUAGUCGGAGGUGGCAAAACAAGUAAGAUGUUUUGCAUUGUCAGCCGGUAGCUGCGGACGACUCGAGCCCGUUCGCCGCCGUUUCGCUGACUUGGCGGCUCAAAGGAUCCCAUUUCAUGACGUUCCAUGUCCCCCACCGAUCCAGCGCGGCCUUGUGGAAGCUUUCACACCUGCUUGGAGGCUGCAGUAGCGUGUUAACGUGCUGUACGUCUAGCUACUGUGGCCAAGAGAUACCGUGUACGCCUUCGAGAAUACGUGGCUUCGACCAACGAUACACGCGCCUUUCUCAGUAGCCGGAAGACGAGCACAGCUACGAGACAUGCAAAGCAGCAGCUGCGAAAAUGCAUGCGACUCGACUGACCGAACCGGAAUAUCUACGGGGCUGCAGAAGUUUCGGUUAACGUCAUUUAGGGCCAUCAGACUUGUUGCCAAGACGGUUGAGUUGCUGCAGGAGCAACGGCUAUGUCGCGAGCAGUCUGCAGAAGCAAGCGCGUUUUCCGUGGCGCCUGCUGGUGCAGGCGCCGUCGUCAUGGCGGCCGGUCAAGCAGGUCCUGGAGCCUCGACCGGAUCUGCAACGAGCGACGCCGAUCUACAGCGGCGACGUUUCUGCAGACAGCGGCCGAUUAUCGUGGGCUGUGGUCAACACAGUGUGUCUCCAGAAGUGUUUGGCAGGCUGCACGUGCUACGCGCCGCUAAUGGGGAGCCCAUCCUGAGUGUGGAUGGAUCGAGCCACCCUGAGGGGCCUAUGAGUGAGGCUGAGGUGAAGCCCUGCUCUCCGCAAGGGGGUGACGCCAACCACAACCACCCCACCACUCUCAACUUUGCUGCCGCCACAACCAACGGGAACAGCACUGGCAGCCUUUCACCACAAGCACUCCCUGGCCAUCCCUCAGUGACCAGUGCAACACCAGUGGACGCACCCACCCCAGUUGCAUCCACACCUGUUAGCAAGGCUGACAUGGAGCUGCUUGCACGCCUUGAAGAGCAGAAUAGGCUCUUGGAAUCAGACUCCAAGUCUUUGAACUCACUGACUUCAACACACUCCAGAAAGUCUUCAGACACCAGCCAGGUGUCAGUGGCAUCAGGUGCGAGCCAGCAGAGUGCUGCCAUGGAUGAUGACUCGGAAGAUACCUGGGUACUGUGGGGAAGGAUGGUAAAUGAGUGGGACACCUACAUCAAGAAGAAGAAUGCCUAUGUCAAGGAACAAGUUCGCAAGGGUAUACCACAGCACUUCCGGGCCAUUGCAUGGCAGCUAUUGUGCAAUGCGCCCACAUGUGCAGCCCGUGAGCAGUACGCAGAGUACCUCAAGGCAAGCUCACCUUGUGAGAAGGUGAUCCGCCGUGACAUUGCGCGUACCUACCCUGAGCAUGAGUUCUUCCGUGACAAAGAUGGUCCUGGUCAAGAGGGCCUUUUCAACGUCAUGAAGGCUUACUCACUGCAUGAUCGAGAGGUUGGCUACUGUCAGGGUAGUGCCUUCAUCGUUGGCCUAUUGCUUCUACAGAUGCCUGAGGAAGAGACAUUCACAGUGCUGGUGCGAAUGAUGCAAGACUAUCGUCUGCGGGAAAUAUACAAGCCCAGCAUGGCUGAACUGGGACUCUGCAUGUACCAGCUGGAGUGCCUUGUACAGGAGCUGGUGCCCGAGAUCCACAUGCACUUCCAAGCUCAGAGUUUCCACACGUCUAUGUAUGCCUCAUCAUGGUUUCUCACUCUGUUCACUUCCUGCUUGCCGCACACCCUAGCAUGCCGGGUCAUGGACCUUUUUCUCUCUGAGGGAAUGGAGAUGAUAUUCAGGAUAGCCAUAGCUAUUCUCCAAUUUUGCAAGGAAGACAUACUGCAGCUGGACAUGGAAGGCAUGCUAAGGUACUUCCAAAAGGAAAUGCCAAGCAAGUGUGAAACAGAUCCAGAUUAUCUUAUAAACCUGGCUCUGCAAGUGAAGUACAACAGCAAGAAAAUAAAGAAGCUAGAAAAAGAGUACACAGCACUUAAGGUUAAAGAACAUGAAGAAAUGAUUGAGCUGAGGAGGCUUCGUACAGAGAACAGGCUUCUAAGACAAAGGAUAGAACACCUUGAGCAGGAGAGCUCUGCACUGGCUGACCGUCUGAUCCAAGGCCAGGUGGUGCGGGCUCAGGAAGCAGAAGACAACUACAUCAUCAAGCGGGAACUUGCUGCGCUUCGCCAGCAAGAGCUCACUGUACAGCAGGAGCUGCAGAAAGCGAACAACCAAAUCAAGGAGCUGCACCAGGCGCAGACGCAGCCAUCAUCACUGGACAGCCAGACAGAGGAUCUCCUCAAGUCACUGCAAGAUGAACUGGUGGCUGUCAAGCUGCGUGAAGCCGAAGGCCAAGAGACUAUGCGUGGCCUUCGCCAGAGGAUACAUGAGCUUGAAGAGGAAAAUAAGCGGCUAAGGGAAGCAACACCAGAUGACAGCGUGGCAAAUCUACAGGAAGAACUGAUAGCAGUGAAAUUGCGUGAAGCUGAAGCUAAUUUGUCCAUGAAAGAACUUCGACAAAAAGUGGCUGACUUGCAAGCUGCCUGGGAGAAGCACCGCUCUGAGAACCCCCAUCAGUUGGACAACCAGUCAACGCCAUCGCGAUGGAGUGGAAAUAAGUCGCAGGUGAACCAGCUUCAGGAAGAACUGAUGACUGCUCGGCUCAAGGAAGCUGAUGCUACUGCUGAGCUGCGAGAACUGCGUCAAAGAGUCAUGGAGCUGGAAACUCAAAACCAGGUCAGCCUGAACCAAAUCCGCCGUCAAGCGGAUGAAAUUGUUAAGUAUCAGCAAAUGUCUGACAAGGUUUCAGAAAAGGAACGUGAGUUGCACUCUCUUGUCCAGGAUGAGGCACGCAAAAUCACAAACUUGGAAUCACAGAUGAAGGAAGAGAGGAUGAACGCUCGGAUUCGGGAAGUGGAACACACCCAAAUCAUUGCCGAGAUGAAGCAGAAAAUUUCUUCUCUUGAGAUCAAGAAUCAAGAGCUGCUUACGGCUGGUCAGCUUAGGGGCAGCACUGAGUCUGAAGAAGUGAAAGAGCUCCAGGAUAAGGUGUCGGACUUGAAGGCUGAGGUUAUGCAGCUGCAGAUAAUGAACAAGCGCUUGAGCUCUGCGCUAGCAGUGGCUCGACUGCGGCAACCAGAUGCACAGAAGGCUGGAGCAGCAGUGGCAGCAGCAGCAUCUGGUCCACUGAGCAGUUCGCCGCCACUUACUCUGGUGGGAGGGCUUAGCCGCAGCACAAACCUCAUGGAAGAUAGCGUUACCGAGCAGCUGCUUCAGCUUGGACUCGAACUCUCGGUCAGCCAGCACCCAGCCAAGCAGCCCAAGCUUGCCAAUGGGGAGCUCUAGUGUUACCAAGUUUAUCUGUCUGUUUCACCCCGAGGUCAGGGGUCACUUGUGAUAUACGUAAUGGAGCUUGGAAGCUUAUUGUUGAUUGCUUGGGAUGAUAUCAUGUACUGAGAGUGAUCUGUUUGCUGCUGAAGGCCUGUCUUGACUUUGCUUGCGAAGGAGAGGUUUUUAUUCACUGUAUCUUGUGUUCUAUGCCAGUGAAUGCUUUAACAGAUUAAGAGUAAGACUUGCUCGGAGUCCUGUUGCCCAUUUAAAUUGUGACAGAGCAAAUGGGGGCACAGCGGAGAUAAGUACUCAUUGUUAUAGACUGCUUCAGCAUUUGAAAUCAAAUAAUGUUAUUUAUGAAGGUCUGUCCUGAUGCUACUCAACACGAGAGUGUAAAGAUGUCUGUUUAGUACAUGCAUAAUGUUAUGAUAUAUUCUUGCACCAAAUUUAGUGACAGAGAUAACAGCUAAAGAAUUUUUAAUCAACCACUGUGAAUGAAGGGCAGACUGCUGAUUUGUUGGGUAGCAGGGAAGUUCUAACAAAUGUGUUAUGUGUUUUGUCAUGGCUUAACAUGUGAACAGUCACAUGCGAACAGUGCUGCCAGCUUGUGAUUUGUUCACUGAGGUUUUGAACUCAUCAAGGGGAGUCCCAGGGCCUAGUGAUGCUGCCAUGCUUUACCUUAAUAAAUGAUGCCACUUUGCUUCAUUUUUAUUAGUUGGGACUCCAUUUAAACAUGCUUGUUGGGUUUCAAGCAAAGCUGUUUAUUGCAACCAAUAGCUAUGAGGUUGAACUAAAUAUUUCUAUUUUUGUUGUAAAUCUGUAUCUAUCAUCGCACCUAUAAACUAUAGGUACAUUUUUUUUUUACAGAUGAAAUGUAAAAGUACAUUUGGAUUAUUUUGGUUUGGAAUGUAAUGGCUAAUGCAUUUUGCUUUUGUGUAGUAAAAGUACACAUUAUUAGUCUUAUUUGACUGAUGAUUUUUAUUAAAGUGUGAAAGCCUUUUUUUUUUCUUUACAGAAAGUUCUAUUAGCAGAUAUGCUGUAAUGUUGCUCAUUCCAUUGACAUAAAGCCUGUAGCAUUCUCUUUGACUAUGCAUGGACUUAAAAGCUUAGCUUCGUAUAUCCAGGGAAAACACAGGGAAUGCGAGAGAUGGAAAUUCAAGACAAUGAGCAAGACGAGAACAAGAUGAAAGCAGGAUCCAACGUUUCGACAAGUAGACUUGUCACAAAAACCUUGAAAAAGACAAGCCCACUUAUUGAAACGUUGGCUUCUACUUUCAUCUUGUUCUCGUUUUGCUCAUAAGCGUCCUAUCUGCAGCUUAUUCUCUACCAUGCUGACAGGCCCUUUGCUCGUUUACAGAGACCAAGCAUGAGUCUUGUGUAGACAGCAGCAGUAGUUAUGGGCAUAUAAUCAUGUUUUUCAUAGCUCUCAUUCCUGAUGUGAUGCCUGCUUAAGUGACAUGCUGUGCGCCAUUGCACAUGGAGAGCCAUUGUUUGUGGAAAAAUGGCCACUUGCCAGAGGGCUUGCACUAUGUUUUUCUUUUGCAGUGCUGGCAAUGUAGUAGUGGAGUGUUCUUUUACUGGGAUAUGUGGCUUUAUAUAAUGCCUCCUGGCCAUUAUUUGGUAAUGCUUGCAAUGCUACAAGUUCAUAUAAUGUACCAGCCUAGAAUGGGCACAAGAGUUUGAGAUCCUUGUGCAGUGUCAGGUGUUUGCAUGUACAGCUUGAGUAACACAUUGUUGUAGACAGUGCAGGAGAUAAUUCCUUUAACGCACUGUCCAUUGUGGCAGUUGGAAUGGAACCAAUGGGGAAGCAGGAGCAGUGAGUUUGUAAGUAGUAUCUGUCAAAUUUUUUUUAGUCUACAAAAAAUUCUUAGCUGCCAGGUAUGAAUAUGUCACCUUUGACGCACCCAUGCUAGCUAUCCUUUGUGACAAGGUAAACAGCGCCCACCUUCACAGUAGGCCAGUGUGUUUGAAACAUACCCUUGCACUCUUUGCAGCUGUGUGGCUCUUCUGCCACAAAACAUGUCUGACAAUGGAUGAAGCAUAAGCCUACGUGUGCGUGUUCUCCCCUAGCAUGAUACUGCAUGUUAGCUUCCUUUUAUAUGGACAGCAAUUAGUGCUCUUGCUCUGCAUACCUAGUUAAAGUGAUUGUAUAAUGUGGUAGAUAACGUAAUGCUUAUAUGUUGUGCUUUUGAUAACCUUGUUUAUGGAAAUCAUAGCUAGCUAAUAAUGUUCAUUGUCAAUUAUGUCACAAACAUUUAUUUAACAGAAUAAACUUGAACAUGUAUACAUUGCUCAAUCGACACUAAGGAUAAAGCGAUUUUCAUUUGCAUAAUUGCCACUAAAUGCAUAUAGCUAAAAUGAGCUACUUGCAUUAUUGACUUCAUUAUGAUUUAUAUGUUGGCGUAAAAUUCCAGUGAGUAUUUGCAGCACUGGUAAGGCUAUGAUUUCUAUUAGCAUUGUAAAUUUCAAGUGCGUUGCAGUUGCCUUACAGGCUGUCUGUGGCUUUGCGGUCGUGCGCAACACUUCAGCUGUCUUGAAGCCAUUCACAGAAAUGCAUUCCAUAUGUUGGGCAAGUGACACAAGUUUAUGGCUUCAGAUGCAAGAAUUUGCAUUUCUUGUCAUCCUUGCACUAAACAGGUUACAUGCUUCAUCUUUGUGUGUCAGUGACUGUGUUAGCAGCACUGUAAAGAUCUUGUAGAGACCUCUGAGAAUUUAUGGUGCUAGGAAUAUCAUCAACUGCAUAAUCGGGGGUUCAUGGUCUCCUGAGCUGUUGUAUAUUCAUGUAUGGGCCAUUCUUCUGUCAAAAGCACCAUUAAACUGUUCAAGCUCAUUCAGCACAGGCUUUAAUGAAAGACCUCUGGACACUUUAACUGUGGUACUCAGCUUUUACUCACGUCCCAUCCCAGCUGUGCCAGAGGUAUGUUUCGACUGCUUCAUGCAUAUCUUUUUGUACUUGAAAGGAUUGUCAUCUUAAUACCACCCAAGCACGUAAAAUAAUGACUUUUUACACCUACUGGCCACAUACAAAUGUAAGCUGUCGAAACAUGGAAUUGAGUAGUGACCAAAGAAUUUUGGUUAAGUGCUACCAUCUGGGACGUUGUUGUUAGUGCAAAAAAAGAAAGAUCAUUUUGACCUGGUACACCAAGUGGAUCUGUUGCUUCCCUCCAUAUGUGCUUCUGCCUAUUUUGGUGGAAUUGUGUUGGUGGAAUGCCUUGUAAAGUGCAAGUUUAGCAAGCAAAGUGUGAAUUCUGGAGUAAUAUUUGUGUUUAGUAUGUAGGAGCACACUUCUAGUGAAAUACCAGAUGCUGAAGGCCCUCAAUAUAUCUUCUUUUUCUAGAAACAUUGCUUAGGCAUUGUAGAAACCUGCUUUAGGCAUUGUGGUAGCAGCUUAGACACUGUACUGAACUUGGCUUCAAAGCUGAAGCAGGGCUUUUACAGGAAACUAGGUUUCUGUGGCUAUAUAUAUAUAUAUAUAUAUAUAUAUAUAUAUAUAUAUAUAUAUAUUUAUAUAUUUAUAUAUAUAUAUAAAAGAAAAAGAGUGCAUGGAUUUGCACCCUUUCCUGCCCUUUGUUUUACCAUCAGUGCUGUUUUACAAGCAAUAGAAGUGCAGCAGUACAUCAAGCACGCUUCAGGGUUUUCUGUAAAUGUCGUCCUCCAUGGAAACUGAGGCACCUGCUCGUUUGUCCAUUACGUUUUGGUGAUGUGAUACAUGGCUGGCUGCUGUAGUUCUUCCUGUGCAGCAUUUUUAUGUUUCUUUUAUUAAACAAAACAUGAAUUUGCUUCCCA